CACGGCCCAUUUCAAAAAGCACGAUGCUUUCGCGCCAGAAUUUUCAAAAAUUCGAACCUCGGCCUCUGAUUGGCCGAUUCUGUUUUGACGCUAAACAAUCCGGCUAAAUUGUAAACAAACACAGUCUGCUCGUCGGAAAUUGUGAUUUUCCGCUUUUCCACUCGGUUCAGAGCAAUAAUCUUGAAGAGUUUGCUGAAGAAUUAAUCAAUCUGAAUCAAAAUGCCGCCGAAACGUCGAAGUGCCGCGAAAGGAAAGGCCAAGGAAGACGAGCAGCCGGCAGAGCCCACGGAAUUCAUCGUUCCCGACGUUGACAUGGACACGGAGGCGGAGGUGGCGGCCGCCGUGGACCAGCUGCUGAGCUCGCCGGCCAAGGAGGCGGUGGAGGAGGCGGCGGGGGCGGCGCCGCAGUCGGUGGCCAGUCUGUCGAUGGCGCGCAGCCGCCUCACCACCCUGCUCAGCAAGGUGGCCCGCGAGGAGGUCGAGCUGGAGGUGGUGCGGCCCCCGCGCUCGCCGCCUUCCGAACACUUUAUCGUCGACGACGUCGACGGACGGGAGUCGCCGACACCAAACCGCAAGUCGGACACGCCGGGCAGUCCGUCCAAGAAGAAGCGGCGGCGCGACCCCCUGGAGACGGGCGGCACCCACCACUCGUACGUCAUGAAGUUGUUCGACCGCAGCGUCGACCUCGCCCAGUUCAACGACAAGUCGGCCCUGUACCCUGUGUGCAGGGCCUGGAUGGCCAACAAGCCCAGACAAGCCCCCAGGGCGAGCUUGUACGAAAGCGACGACGAGUUUGACUUCAUGGACUACGCCAGCGACGAGCUGGGCAAACCUGUGCGGAAAAUGCCGCAACCUGAGCAGAAGACGGACGCCCAUUGCCGAGUUCCGCACAAACUGCCCCAGAGGGCGACGGGCGAAAUCGUCGUCAAACAGGAGGAGGAUGACGAAUCGCUGCUGGAGGAGCACAAAAUGCACUGGCGCCAGGUCAAGCAGGACUGGGUCAAGGCCGCGUUCGCCAAUGAAAAAAGGUUCAACAAGAGCAUCACCAUCAUCGAGGACAUUUACAAACGGGCCCAGGAACUUUACUCUUAAAUGUUUCUUUCAAGUGUUAAAAUAACUAAUAAAAUUAUCUCUAGGUUUUUUCAUUUAGAAUAAGCGAAGAAGGCGUUUUAUUGAAUAG